AUGGAAAUGAUCAAGUCAAUUCCAGGUACAAUUGCCGUUUAUCCGGUUUACUCAGUUCCCGGCCCAAAACCAUUGACGAAAUACAUUCAAUUUAAAAGUAGAGAAAAUAAUCCAACUGCUCCAGUUAUUGCACAUGAUUUGACCGGCGUCGAUAAAAUUCAUGAACAAUUGAAAAAUUUUGGAAAUGGUGUUCGAGUGGCUGUAAUUGACACUGGUGUUGACUAUAAUCAUCCCGCUCUUGGAGGAUGCUUUGGACCAGGAUGUAAAGUAGCAUUUGGUUAUGAUUUAGUCGGCGAUAACUUCAAUUCACUAAACCGUACACAAGUUGAGGACAAGGAUCCAAUCGAUAAUUGUUCGGAUAGCGCACAUGGCACUCAUGUUGCUGGAAUUGUUGCUGCCAAUGCAACAGGAAUUAAUGUGACAGGCUUCGUUCCCUUCCAAUCAUUUGUUGGUGUUGCUCCUCAAGCUAUUAUCGGAGCAUUUACUAUGUCUGUUGGUGGUCGUGGUGCUUAUAGGGACAGUUCAGAUGUCGAAGCUGCUCGGCGUGUAUCUGAACAAGGAGUAUAUGUUACAUUUUCUUUUGGUAACGCUGGAAGACAAGGUCUUCAAACAGGCGGAAGUCCAUCUAUUUCUUCAGGUGCUAUUGCAGUGGCUUCAUUAGAUAACCCACGUGCUCCCUCGCUCUACUUAAUCACUUCUAAUGAGGAAAAAAUUUUCUACUUACCUGGAUCUGCUUUUGGUGGAUGGAAAUCAAUUGUACAAUCGAUGAUUGUGCCAACAGGAGGAACUCCCUCAGUUUUCUCAUCACUUGGUCUUACCGGUGACUUGCUGUUCAAACCACAAAUUAGUGGCAUUGGUGGUUACGUAUAUUCGACUGUCUCAUCUUUCACUGCCAAGAAUCAAAAUCUUUCGGAUGCUUAUGCUAUCAAGUCAGGUACAAGUAUGGCAACUCCCUAUGUUGCUGGAACCCUAGCUCUCUACCUUGCACAUAUUGGCAAUCCACCACCAUGGACGGUGAAUGGUACAUGUCAGCCAAACUGUCGUCCUUCAUUUACAAAAAUAGUCAAUUUAUUACAAUCGAAUGCAAUGCCAGUGAAUAUUUCUAACACUAUUCUUGCGAACACCGCUCAACAAGGUGCUGGACUAGUGAAUGCACUUCAACUGAUCCAAGCCACUACGAUAAUUUCACCUAGUGAACUUGCAUUGAAUGAUAGUGUCAGACAAGCCUCAUCGUACACUAUCCAAGUAAACAAUAUAGGCAACCAAACAGUCACAUACAAUAUCAACCAUUAUGGUGCUGCAUUAGCUACCGGAUUACAGAGAGGAAAUGAUAUGCUUUUAACUCAACCGUUGUACUCAGCUGACUAUGCGAUUGUCGAUAUCCAACCAAGUACAAUGCGACUUGCUCCUACACAAACAGGUACUGUUACUCUUCGAUUUCAACCACCUCGUAAUGCUGAUUCAGCACUUCUUCCUAUCUUCUCGGGUUUUAUACGUUUUACAAACGAUGUAAAUGAACAAAUUGCACAAAUUCCAUUGAGAAAUGCAGCCAUAGCUGGAUCACAUGCACAGUUUUAUACAGUUUCUUGGUCUGGUGACGUUAUUGUUAGUAUGCAGAAUCAAAGUUCAGUAGAAUAUCAAACAACUAGUCUUCCUGACGGACUAUAUAAAAUUCGAUUUUCAGCUCUUCAACACUUUGGAAAUCCGGAGAAUGACAAUGAUUAUGAUAUAUACGAGUCACCAACUUUCAAGUUAAUCAAUACGUUUAUUGAACCCGAGCCAUCAAAAGCAACGUCGAUCUCAACUAUUCUUAAUCAAUCAUUUAUCAUUUUACAUCUUGCAUAUUUAUGUUAUUAA